AAUUUCCUAAGCGACGUGUUAUGUGUAAUGUGUAUCAUUGCUUCUAAAUUUUAAUCUUGUUUGUUAAUAGUUAGUUGUUGCUUAAAUAAAACAAUUAAUAGAUCUGUUCUGCAGUUCUAAACUAUUUUUGUCGUGUUAGUUAUUAAUUAUUUAGUAUAUAAUUGUAUUCAUGGUAUAUAUUGCCUUGUACCCUGCUCUAUCAUAUAUUUUAAUAUUGUCUCAAAUUAGUUUUUAUAUAUUUUUAUUUUUGGUAUAGAAUAAAAAGUGUAAUACAUGUGAUUAAUGACAAAGUACAUCUAAAAUAAGUGGAUAAGAUAACUGUAUACAAACCUUUAUUACUAAGUUAUUAAUUUUGUUAGUAGCUGUGUUUAUUUUAAAAUGGGGGCUAAUAAUUCGAAAACUAAUACUACAAGAAGAAGUAGACAAUUUUUUACAGAAUUAUAUCAAGAUUUGCAGAAUCAACGUGAAGGAUAUGAAGAAAAUUAUAUGAAUUUUAUACAAUCUCAGAUUGAGAUUCAUGAAUCUAUCCAAAGAAAUCUAAACAGACCGUCGCCAAAUCCCAGCUCUCCAGUCUCAACCGUCCCUUCAACUUCAUCUCACAUUUCGACUCCAUCUACCAAUACGAAUUCUGGAAAUAUAACGUACUAUGAUACUAGACCGUAUUUCAGUUCGUCAACCUCUUCGGCUUCUCCACUCCCUUCUGUACCUUUAUCUCCAUCAAACGUCGUAACUCCAUCUAACAAUACAAAUACUGGAAAUAUAUCGAAUACGGGAGCUAUUCCGAAAACUAGGAAAGUUCCUGACACACGGACGAAUAGUUCACUCGUGGGCGUGAAAUGUGUAACAUGUAAUACUGACUUUACAUCGCAUAUAUUCCAAUGUCGAAACGGACAUAGUUCCUGCAACUUCUGCAGAUUUCUCAAAAAAAACUGCGGACUAUGUUCUAUGGCAAUAACGGAUGUAAGGAACAUAACACUGGAAGCAACUAUUGCGGAUAUAAAGACCAAACACACUACUACUACUACUAAUGAACGUAUUAAGUGUCGCAAUGCAAGGCUUGGUUGUUGCCUUUCUUUCACUAUAUACGAAAUGGACGACCACUUACAAGAAUGUCCUUAUACGGACAUGGAAUGUCCACUUAAAUCCAUAUAUCAAACCUGCAGUUGGAAAGGUAAAAUUAACGAUAUAUGUACUCAUUUUAACAACGAACACCCAGACAACUGUGUGGGCGAAGUGGAUAAAGAAAUGACUCUCAGAAAUAUAGAUAAAGAUCAAACGUUGGUUUACUAUGUUAACAUUGGUCAAUUCAAUUUCAUAAUUUAUAUUGAAUUAAAUAAAAACAAGAGGACACUAUCUAUGACGGCUCAACUUCUGGGCACAAAAGUCAGUGCCUCAAAAUGGACGUAUGAGUUCAAUGUAUACGAUAAACAUAAACCACAAAGAAAAUUUCAGUACAUUGAUGUUUGUUACUCAAAUACUGCAUUGAUUAAGGAAAUAUUUAAUAAUCAGCAAUGUGCGACAUUGAAUGCCGAAUAUGCCAAAACAUUUAUUAAUAGAGGUUGCUUGACUUAUAAGUUUUUCCUAAAAAGAAAUGCUAAAUACAUUUCUAAAAACUCAAAAAAUUGAUUUAGAGAAAAAUAUAUAGGGAUUUUUUACCUAUUUUUUUUUUCCAAUUGAAGUUGUUUAAGACAUGUAUCUCAAUAAGGCAUAUAUUAUAAUACGGAUUUAAUAGCCAUUAAGAAAUACUAUCAUUAAAACAAAUAUUUUAUUUUAUGCUGAAUUGCGAUAUAUUCGUACUGCAUACGACAAAUCAGCUGAUUUUUCAGGUCUAUCGAUAGUAGAUUAUCGAUAGGCAACACUAAUGCACAUUCUAGUAAAAAAAAUAAACACAAUAGACGAUUUAGUAAUAUUUUGUACGAUAAUGGUGGGUUUUAUAUUGUUAUAAUAAUUUUAAGGAUAAUCAAAAAGACAUCAUGCAUCAUAAUUUAAUCCAACGAUAAUUUGUAAUAAUAUAAGCUUUUCGUCUAAUUCUACAGGUGUAAUUCUUCUACAUUUUUAUAUGAUAUCUGUUUUUAAUGACAGUAUCGAAUUAUAGACAAAAUCAAAUCAUAAUAUGGUCGAGGUCGCGAAUUUUUACUCAUUUUUGAAUGUCACGUGCGUUUUUCAUAGAUUACAUUAGAUUAAUUGUUUGUUAUAUUAUUAUCCAGUUUUUCCAACCAAUACAAUAUUUUGCGUAAAACGAGCCAAAAUUCGCGGCCUCUCACAUGUACUUGAAUAAUGAACACAUGAUCGUUUUAUAUUUAAAAUAUAUCUUAAAACAAGGACACUUGCUCAACUAUAAACAAGUUGAUGGACGGCAUUAUCAAUGAGAUUUUACAAUAUAAGAUCGACGAGUGUUUAUAUCUAACAUUAUGCCGCCUUUUUAAACAUAAUUGUAAAACUUAUUUAAUAGAUUGUAAAAUAAUAUAUUUCAUCCUUUUGUUUACUCAUUCAGCUGGUUAGUAUACCAUACUGGCAGUGUCAUUUCUACGAAAUUAAUGCAUUGCAUACAUUACAAUACAUACUUUACAGUAAAUAUUAAUUAUGCUAUAGAAC